GUAUGUGUGGGGUACAGAGAUGAGGUAGUCAUUCAAAAAUGUUAAACACUAUUAUUGCACACAGUGAGUCCAUGCAACGUAUUAUGUGACUUGUUAAGCAAAUUUUCAGGCUUGCCAUAAAGGUGCUGAAUACUUAUUGACUCAAGACAUUUCAGCGUUUCGUAUUUUAUUUAAUUGUAAAAACACAAUUCCACUUUGGCCUUAUGGGGUAUUGUGUGUAGGUCAGUGACACAACAUUUCAAUUGAAUCCAUUUUAAAUUCAGGCUGUAACACAACAAAAUGUGGACAAACUUUAUGAAUGCACUGUAUUUGUGUUUCUUUUCCAUAACUGUUGACUUUAAUAACUUGAGGAAUUCUAGUAACAUACUUUUGUAUUAUCCGCAGGUUUGUGUAUUUAAGGUUGUAAAUAAAUGUGUUAUGAAGAAGUGUAAUUUACAGUAAAUUAUUAAAUAUAUAGGAAUGUGCUUUGCAGUGGUAAUUCUGGUAAUUUCCUUUCUCUCAUAUUUCAAGUAAAAUUAACUCAAUCAAAAAAAACAGGUUAGACUCAAUGGCUUGGGCCACAUUGGAGCCCUCCUUUUUUCACCCUCCUCAUCCCUCUUUCUUUCAGUCUUUCUCAUAUCAUUAUCCCCUCCAUCUUUGACCCAUCUGUCUUUCUGUGGUCUGUCCUACCACUCACCCUAACCCGCUCUCUCCCUCUGGAAAACGAGGUCUGUUUGUUCUCUUUCCUUGCCUCCUCCCUCUACUUGCCCCCCAUAUUUGUGAGCGAGAGGGAGGGGGGUUGCAGGAAGUCAGCUGUUGUGUCUGUCGAGGAAUGUGUGUGAGAAAAAGUGGGGACAAGGCUGCAGCCCUUUGUGAGUCGCAGUGUGUGUGUCGUCUCGCUCACCAAAGUUCAGGUAUUAGUAGGUAACACGAUGCAGCCGGUUUCAGGAGGUCCCCACCACCACUAUAACUGUGUUCAAACUCCAUGUAGCGCCCAGUUGGAGUUUGUGCAGAUCCUGGUGAUCGUUGUGGUGAUGAUGGUGAUGGUGGUAGUGAUCACCUGCCUGCUCAACCACUACCGCCUGUCAGAACGCUCCUUCAUCUCCAGGGACAGCCAGGCCCGCAGACGCCACCUACCACUGGCCUCUGAUGGGAGUCUGUGGUCCUCAGAUGGCCCAGGGCCCGCCAGUGGAAUGAGCGAGCAGCAGGUGUACACCACGCGUCCCCCGGACCGCGUCCCCUCCUAUCUGCAGAGGGAGCGUCUGGCCCGCUUCCAGCCCACGUACCCCUACCUGCCCCACCCCAUCAUUGACCUGCCACCCACCAUCUCGCUGUCGGACGGCGAAGAGCCUCCGCCCUACCAGGGCCCCUGCACUCUGCAGCUCCGCGACCCCGAGCAGCAGAUGGAGCUUAACAGGGAGUCGGUGCGUGCGCCCCCCAACCGCACAGUCUAUGACAGCCACCUCCUCGACACCUCCCUGUGCCCACCGCCCAGCCUCAACUCCGGGGUCAGCACUACCACGGUAGCCACGGCUGCCCAGGCCUACUCCAGCCGAGUGGAAGGGGCACCACCAACUUAUAGCGAGGUGAUAGGGCACUACUACCACCCCUCUUCACUACCCAGGCACCACCACCAGACUUCCAGUGGUGGCAGGGGCGCAGGGCGUGGAGUCAGGUUAGGAGGCCCGGGUCCCUCGUCGCCGUCCUUGCUACUCCACGGGAUUCUCAAGCAGGCCCACCUGAGCAGCAUGGAGAGCAGGAAUGUGCGCAACAAAAAGGAGAAGCAGACUCCUGAACAGGUGUGACGACAGUGUUGGUCUUGGGCAUUGUUUUCCGAGGCUCCUUUCUCCUUCUCCGCGCACUUUAGCUGAACUGUUGGUGGCAAGCAGGGUUGGAGAGGGUGACAUGCAGUGGCGGGGGGAGGGACAGGCGCACAAAGAAAAAGGACUGCACUCCCCUCUUAACUUUACCCCCGGUCACCGUCUUACUGAAACCCGCCACCCCUAAACUUACUUUGUAUAAAUAUUUACUUGUUUUUUUUCCUUGCUUACAGCUUUUUUUCUGUACUGGCAAAUGCAAAAACAACAAAACAAAAUUCUCUCCAAGUAUUUAGGUUUAUUUUGUUUUGUCUGCAUAAUUUCUAGUUACUUAUCUCCUCAUAGUUUAUCCUUAGUUCCUCCGGAAGUCUUUCAGAAUGACCAGGUCUUCCUUUUUUAGAGAUGCAGAUGGUUAUUUUAGUGAGCCUCCCCCGAACCCCUUUCUGGCUUUGAAUACUGUCCGUGUACCUGGCUUGUACAGGGAGGGCAUUGAUAGCACUCUUGUAACAGGUUGACAGUUUCAGGCUCUCACGGGAUCCAAGAUUGAGAUUCAUACGUUAGCCCGAGUUAGCCUCUCAGCUCAUGACCCAGUUAGCCUCACUGCCAGACAGAUCCCCAUCACUCCCCGUCAAUCCGCAUCAGAGGGUGCGGUGGUCAACGUUGGCAUCUAUGGAAACACAUGAUUGACAGCUGACUGGGUUUGUGAUGUCAGGCCAUGUGUGUCAACAUGAGUACUGGAGUAGAGUCCUGAGUCUGGGUCAAUUGAGUUCAGCACUGUGCCCACUGAAGUCAUAUAUAUAUCCACCGUGCUGUACUAUCUAGACCCAUCUGAGGUUAGUACUGUACUUUAGUUCUUUGUCUAUUCGUGUUUAGUACUGUCUGUGGGUCUUUGGCCAGACAGGAGUUCCUGUGUGUGAAUACUCUUCUUGUUUUUUUUAUUAUGAUCUUUUUUAAAGAGAUGUUUGCACAAGAUUCAAGACUGUUUAUCUGGAGAAAAAGAAAAUCAAUCUGCAAUAUGUAUCAUAAGAGAGGAGAGCAGCGGUAUUUUUGUAAACAAAUGGAUUCUAAAGAUUAAAAAACGUUUUUUUUUAAUGUUUUGCCUGCUCUAGAAGAAAAGGUAAAAACGGUAAUCUGUUGGUGUGCCAACUCAAACGUGUUUAACUUUGUGCUAUCUAUACAUAUACAAAUUAUUGGCACCCUGAUAAAGAUAAGCAAAUAAGUAAAAACAAACAACAUUUUAUCUGUUAUAUCAUUCUACUUUUUAAAAAUUAAUCUCAGUUUAUGGAACUUUGUUAUGGCCUUCCAUGAAUUCCUGUUUCACUGGGGUAUAAAAAUGAGGUAACACGCAUGUAAAAUCCCUUUGUCAUCCAUCAGCAUGGGGAAAGGCAAAGAACUCACAAAUGAAAAGAGACAAAUGGUUGUUGGCCUGCAUAAAUCAGGCAAUGGGUACAAAAAACAAAUAUACCACUUACCACUAUUAGGGAAACAAUUAAGGAGUUUAAAACCACUGGAGCAAUGGUAAACUUGCCUGGUAUUGGAUGCAUGUGUAUCUUGUCCCCAUGCACAGUGAGGAAGAUUGUUUAGGAGGCAAUGAACAAUCUAAAGGCCAAAAUUGGAGAAUUACAAAACUUAGUCGUAUCUACAAUUAAAUGCCACUUCCAUGCCAAAAUGUCUUUGGAAGGGUUGCUAGAAAAAAGCCUUUAUUGCAAGCAACCCACAAAUGUAAACGCCUGGAAUUUUCUAAAUGGCAUUGUCACAGAAUCGUACCUGUGCUAUGGUCAGAUGACAUGAAAAUAGAACUCUUUGGCCAAGCACACCAGUGGUGGUUUGGCAUUGAGAGAAGGAUGCAUAUACAGAAAAUAACCUCAUUCCUACUGUAAUAUAUGGUGGUGGGCCUUUGAUGUUAACUUGGCCGCAAGUGGACAUUCAAGCAAGACAAUAACCCCAAGCACACAUCAAAAUCCACAGAGAAGUAGUUAAUUGACCAGAAAAUCAAAAUUUUACAAUGGAAAUAAAAGUCUCCGGACUUGAACCCUAUUGAAAACCUAUGGUUUGAAUUAGAGGGCAGUCCAUAAGCGCAGACAAGAUAUAUCAAGGAUCUGGAAAGAUUCUGUAUGGAGGAAUGGUCUAAGAUCCCUUCCAAUGAGUUCUCCAGCCUCAUAAAACAGGGUACCGGAGUAUUGAAAA